AUGUGGUCCCGACUUGCCGUGUGUGCUUGCUUGGUCGGUUCGGUUGCGGCCAUGUGCCCAGAUGAUCCAGAGGUGGACCUGUGCGAGGUCGAUGAACAGGAGACAAGUCACAGCACUCGAAACGGAGCUUGGAUGGCCCUGCUCUUGCCCUUGGCUUCGACACGGCCCAGCCUCGCCACCGGCUUGGCCCUGGCGUUGGCCGCUGGCUCUGUCGGCGUGGAUGCUGUGACUUGCGGCGAGUUGAAGACCUUCUACAAGAACGAGCAGUGCUGUGGGCAGCCCACUCAAGAGGUCUCUGCUCCAGUGCCCGGAACCGCUGCCUGCCCGUACUCCUUCGCCAAGCCUGCUUGCUCCACUGCCGAACCUCAGACGCCUCGUGACCUGACGGCCGGCGCCGUCGGCUCAAUGACACCAAAGGCAGCCACCCUGACCGAUGAUCAGGCGAACUUCCUACCGCUGGUGAACGUGCACUUCCACCUGGGUGCAGAGCACAAGACCGAGGCCUACAGUGACGACACGGACUCGAUUGCCUACGAUGCCGCCUCGUCAGGCCGACGACUUGCCGGAAACGUCCGGCCUGGCUUCAUGUGCAGCAAGAGCUCUCUGAACGCCAAUCAGCUGGCGCCCUACAACUUCACGUACUGCAAGGGCGACGUGCAGGUCGGCAAGUCCUACGAGAUCCACUACGUGCACUCCUCUGCGGGCAUGGACAACAACGCCACGGAUGACAUGAACGCAGACUUGCUGGCAGAUGGCCUGGGAGGUGCUGCCAACGGUCGUGGCCUCCUCAACCCCAUGAUCGUGGUGCAAGGGCAGAUCUUCCAGAUCGUGAAUGGUGCCGCAACAGUCGAUGACAUGCUGCACGGCUGGACUGUGGUUGGCCACGACAACUCCGUCAUGUACCCCGGGAGCACUACCGGUCAGAGCCACGACAACGAGGUGUGCUCUCCUUACUCCAUCACCUGGCACGUGGACAAGGAUUGCCAUCAGGUCUCGCCCGAGUCCUUUGACAAUCUGUGCAAGCAGAUGAGUGAGGCCUACGGGAUGUACGCUGACCUUUACCCGCACGGCUCGCGCAAGCUGGUCUCCUCCCAGUACGUGGUGAAAUCCGAGUUCGUCAAACCCCUGGCGUAG